GUUUAGCUGACAGAUUUGAAGAAUACCCUAAACUUAGGGAACUCAUCAGACUAAAGGAUGAGUUAAUAGCUAAGUCAAAUACUCCUCCAAUGUACUUACAAGCAGACAUAGAAGCCUUUGACAUCAGAGAAUUGACACCCAAAUUUGAUGUGAUUCUUCUGGAGCCUCCUUUGGAAGAGUACUAUAGAGAGACUGGCAUCACCGCGAAUGAGAAGUGCUGGACGUGGGAUGAUAUUAUGAAGUUAGAAAUUGAUGAGAUUGCAGCACCUCGGUCAUUUAUAUUCCUCUGGUGCGGUUCCGGGGAAGGACUGGACCUCGGUAGAGUAUGUUUACGAAAGUGGGGUUACAGAAGAUGUGAAGAUAUUUGUUGGAUUAAAACCAAUAAAAACAAUCCUGGCAAGACGAAGACUCUAGAUCCAAAGGCAGUUUUUCAGAGAACAAAGGAACAUUGCCUCAUGGGGAUCAAAGGAACUGUGAAGAGGAGCACAGAUGGGGACUUUAUUCAUGCUAAUGUUGACAUUGACUUAAUAAUCACAGAAGAACCUGAAAUUGGCAAUAUAGAAAAACCUGUAGAAAUUUUUCAUAUAAUAGAGCAUUUUUGUCUUGGAAGACGACGUCUUCAUCUGUUUGGAAGAGAUAGUACUAUCAGGCCAGGCUGGCUCACAGUUGGACCUACGCUUACAAAUAGUAACUACAAUGCAGAAACAUACGCAUCCUAUUUCAGUGCCCCCAAUUCGUACUUGACUGGAUGUACAGAGGAAAUCGAGAGGCUUAGACCAAAGUCACCUCCUCCAAAAUCCAAGUCUGACCGUGGUGGUGGAGCUCCCAGAGGUGGCGGGAGAGGGGGAACAUCUGCUGGCCGUGGUCGAGAAAGAAAUCGAUCGAAUUUCCGAGGAGAAAGAGGUGGCUUUAGGGGAGGUCGUGGAGGCACACACAGAGGUGGCUUUCCACCUCGGUAACUUCAAGACACUUAACAAUGUCCCCUCUGGCUUUUAUUGUGGAGACUUACUUUAGAACUCACUCCCAGCUUGCACUUUGCUUUCGUUUCUCAUGCUGCCAGAAAGACUUUAGCUACCCCCUUCCACCCCUCACUCCCCAAGUCCUUGCAGUCAUCGCAGAGACUGCAGUUCUGCUCAGGGUAGGUGAGUCACGUGCUUGCAGUAGGACAGAAUGGAACAGUAAGAUGCUGACAUGACUGAUUUUAACCAAGGCUUUGGCUUCUUGGAAACAGGUGACCGUGACUUCUGCAUCUCAGGAGCAUGGCAGGAGUCGGUGCUGUUUGUUUCCCUUGCCAUGGUUUCCAUAGCAAUGGGAGACUGGGAACCUGGGUAGAACAACAGUCUUGGGACAGGUGGUGAGCCUCUUUGGGGCCUUUAACAUUUCUCAUUGAAACACUAAGAAGAUGUAAACCAUUUCCCCCUUUCUUUUAAAUCCUAAAAUCACUUGAAUAUCAUUUGAGUACUGAAGACUCUGAGAGAUAAAAUGAAUUCACUUUCUUCCAGAUCAGAACCUGGGGGUGCUGGAGCCCUCAGGGUAGGUAAAGGAAGAGAUAGAUAGAACUUAGUAGAUUUAAAGACCAAAGCAGAAGCUUAUCAUAAUGUAAAUUGUUUAGCCACAGAUGACUCAUAAUCAUGCUUCCUAAGAAGCAAAAGGAGGCACAUAACCCAAGUCAGAGGGCUGUGGCGUGGACUUGAUCUUGGAUUGGCUUUCCAAGACGAUUCAUGUUUCUUAAAAAGGUGAAAACAUUUGCUGGGAGAGGGCUUGGUUUAAACAUUUUAGAGUAAAUGCAUGGUGAGGAUGAAAUGACAUACAUCUUUAAAGUUGCUAUGUAAAAGCAAUUACAGGAAACCCUCAAAAAUACAGCUUGGACAAUGGAAUUACAGUUGCCAUUUAGUAAAACCGUGUGGUACAUUUGUUGCCACGGGGCUGGUUGUCGUUGGCUUGGAAAGCUUCAUGCUGUUGCAUCUCCACACCUUCCCUCGUGUCUGAAUGGGUUUGGAUAUGCCGGAUAAGAUAAUACAUUAUUGCUCUUGGUAACUCCUUUUUUAUUUUGCUAUAAUUUUUCUAAUAAAACUUUAAAACUUGGAAA